AUGGCCUGUUGCCUAAAUUGUAGAAAUAUUGUUCUUUUGCUUAGGCCUACUGACGGUCUUGGUUCCGUUCAGAACCCAGCAAAAUCCUGCGAUGACGUCUUACAUUCUGUUCCAGGCGCUCAGAGUGGUGUCUUUUGGCUCCAAGCUGCUCGCGGCAGACCUUAUCAGGUGCAACAGAGACUAUUAAACCACCUUAAUUUGGUAAAAUUAAGGAAAUCAAAUUUGACAUCUGUUAUCUUGCAGACUCAUUGUGAAAUAAUCAAAUCGACAUGCCAAGAACAGAACGAAGGCUGGACUCUAGUGGCACGCAUCGCAGGCAUGUCGGGAGAUUUCUCGCCCACUAGUCCGCUUUGGGCCAACGAGGACGUAGUGAGUCCUUGGGAUGCCGCUGACCUCACCAAAACAUCAUCCAUGAAAAACCCAGGUUGGUUUUCUGUGGCAAAUCAAGUUUUACGCGUGUGUUACAGCGGUCCUCGUAGUGACUGCGCAACCUUUACGCAUAAUCGUGGUCUGACGCUUACUCAGCUCUUUGGUACUCAGUUCGCAAUCGAAGUGCAAGAGGAAUACACUUUUGAGACUCUGAUGAAAAAGCUUGGAAAACACUUGGACCUGGGGCAUUUAAAAACAGAAUGGUGCGGUCUUAACUUGGGAAAUCUUUGUAACUUGGUGGCAAAUCCCAACACGGAGCCUGGGACCCACAUCUGUCGUAUUGGUUGCAUCGGUGACACCAGUCUACCUCGGUCACCUAAUGGAUGUAACCCGGAUGACUACGCCUUAGGGAUCGGUGUGUCUAGUUGUAACUCUCCGCAAGGCUGUCACAAUCAGGUGUCUACCACAAGUAGUUUGCACUUCAGUAUGUACUCACGCUAUGGAGAUUACCAACAGACGGCCUUUAUCUACGUGAAAUAAUGGAGUUAUUUGUUACAUCUAGCGAAAAAGACACAAUCCGGCGAGUUCAACGCUAACAACAACAACUAGCUUUAUUUGCAUGAUCAUAAAUACAUACAGUGUUGCAAAAGCUUUUGUAAACUAAAACUAAACUGAAACAGUAACGAUUUUCAUGAACAUAUUUAACAAUUAGAUUAUCCGCUCUCGAUUUCUAUGAGGCGAUAG